GCCUGUGGAGGGUAGGAGGGACCCCCGUUUUAACCUCUGCCUCUCCUUCUUGAAAACGGAGCCAGGAAGCCGAGCUGAUAUUGUGUAUUAUUAAUGUCUCCUGAAAUAUGAGGAGGUGGGGGGGAUAGACUCCCAAAAGAAAAAUAAGUUAAUAAGACCGCGCGACCGCGACGACGAUGCCCCUGUGAUGAGGCGAGCCAGCGAUCGUUACACUCCGGAAUCCUCUCGCCAUUCAGCGGGAACAUGGCGAGCCGCGCGGCGGCUGGCGGGCAGGAUCUGGGGCUGGGCCAGCCGUCUGGCGCCUCUCCCCGUCUCUAGAGCUCCACACCCGCUCACCGCCGCCCCUCAUCCAGACCCCCGAGAUGCGCUUCCAUCAGUAGAUGCCAGAAGUGUGACAAAGCAACCGAUGGCUUCAAUCCGAAGCAGCCUUCGAAUCCAAGGAGAUGACAAUCUGCAGUCUAUGAUCGUGGGGACUGUGAUGAGAAAGGUGAAGUCUCGCAGCUGGAAGAAGCAGCGCUACUUCAAGCUACAGGAGGACUGCAAGACCAUCUGGUACAAGUCUAAGAAGGCUGGAAAGGCCCACUCCACAUUUUCCGUGAGCGACGUGGAGGCGGUACGUGAAGGGCACCAAUCGGAGGUCCUGCUGAGCAUCGCCGACGAGUUCCCGCCUGACCGCUGCUUCACGCUGGUGUUCCGCGGACGCCGUGGCAACCUGGACCUGGUGGCUGAAUCAGCCGAGGAGGCCCAGUCCUGGAUCAGGGGCAUGCGCAAGCUGAUCGAGAGCCUGGAGAACAUGGGAGAGAGGGAGAGGCUCGACCAGUGGAUCUGUGAUUGGUUUAAAAAGGCAGAUAAAAACAAGGACGGACGAAUGAACUUCAAGGAAGUGCAGGACCUGCUGAGGAUGAUGAACGUGGACAUGAGCGAGCACCACGCCCUUCGCCUCUUCAUGAUGGCUGACAGGUCUCAGACCGGCUCGCUGGAGGACGACGAGUUUGUGCAGUUCUACAAGAUGCUGACGCAGCGGGACGACGUGCUGAGGCUGUUCCAGGGCUACUCCAGCGACGGGCAGAAGAUGUCCCUGCGCGACCUGGAGGAGUUCCUCCGAACCGAGCAGCUGGAGGGGGACCGGAGCCAGCAGCGCGCCCUGGAGCUCAUCGACUGCUACGAGCCGUCCGACACCGCCAAGAUGCUCCACGCCAUGUCUAUCGAUGGCUUCCUGAUGUACCUGAGCUCAGCAGAGGGAUCCAUCUUCAACCCCGACCAGCAGGGCAUCUACCAGGACAUGAGCAAGCCCCUGUGCCAUUACUUCAUCUCCUCCUCACACAACACCUACCUGCUGGAGGACCAGAUACGGGGCCAGAGCAGCGUGGAGGGCUACAUCCGGGCUCUAAAGAGAGGGUGUCGCUGCGUGGAGGUGGACUGCUGGGACGGCCCGAACGGGGAGCCCAUUGUUUACCACGGCCACACCUUCACCUCCAAGAUCCUCUUCAAAGACGUCAUUGCCGCCGUGGGAAGCUACGCCUUUAAGGCCUCAGAAUACCCGGUCAUCCUGUCCAUGGAGAACCACUGCAGCGUGGACCAGCAGCGAGCCAUGGCUGAACACCUGGACCACAUCCUGGGGGACAGGCUCCUGAAGACCGUGCUGGGGGGCAAGACCCCCAACGCGCUACCGUCCCCCGAGGAGCUGAAGGGCAGGAUUCUGCUGAAGGGGAAGAAGAUCGGGAGUCUGGAGGACAGCCUGAACGGGAUGGGAGAGGAGUCCCCGAUGGGGGAGGUCAGCGACGAAGACGAGGCAGCCGACAUCGACGAAGAGAACAUGCGCAGUGACAGCUUUCACCGCAGGCCCAGGAAAUCCAAGCAGCGUCUCUCUAAGGAGCUGUCGGACUGCGUGGUCUACUGCAAGAGCGUCCACUUCAGCAGCUUCAAGCACUCCCGCAUCCACUCCAAGUUCUACGAGAUCUCCUCCUUCACCGAAUCCAAAGCCCGGAAACACAUGAGGGAAGCAGGGGCGGAGUUUGUGCACCACAACGGGAGGCAGCUGACGAGGGUUUACCCUAGUGGGUUGAGGACGGACUCCUCCAACUUUAACCCACAGGACAUGUGGAAUGCUGGGUGUCAAAUAGUUGCCCUGAACUUCCAGACGGCAGGAGUGGAGAUGGACCUCAACGACGGGCUCUUCAGCCAGAACGGUCGCUGCGGUUACGUCCUGAGACCGGAGUUCAUGAGGAACCCCGAGGGGAGAUUCGACCCAGAGUGCCCUCAGAACUACGAGGGCUACCGUCCCAUCAGCCUGGCCAUUCAGGUGAUCAGUGGACAACAGCUUCCCAAAGUGAAUAUCAAAGAGGGCUCGAUUGUGGACCCGUUGGUGAGAGUGGAGAUCCACGGAGUGCCAAUGGACCAGGCCAAGCAGGAAACCCGAUACAUCGACAACAACGGAUUCAACCCAGUGUGGUACGACAAUCUGCAGUUCACCGUACACGUUCCUGAGCUGGCCCUCGUACGCUUUGUCGUGGAGGAUUACGACAAGACUUCCAAGAAUGACUUUGUUGGCCAGUACACCUUGCCACUGACUUGCAUUCAACAAGGAUAUCGUCACAUCCAUCUUCUGUCUAAGGAUGGAACCAGCAUCCCUCCGGCCUCCCUGUUUGUGCACAUCAGGAUGUCUGACCUCCCGUUAUCGGGGCUGGGGCCUUAACGACCUGCAGAACGACCACGUUCCUCCUGGGAGCUCAACUCUGAAACCGGGACGAACGCAUGAAAGCCUCCUAAAAAACGCACAGAGUUUUUUUGGCUGGACCGCAACAGCAGCGCCAGCCCUACAAACGCGAAUGUCUGUGACUGAGUGAGUGACAGUGAGUGAGUGAUGAAGUUACACCAUUGGUCGGCCGGAUCACGUAUGUUAGGUCCAGCCAUUUACUAGGUUUUAACCUGGUCUUGUUUGCUCUUCACUUGUCUUUUGGUAAGCAAGAGUUGACAAGUCAAUUUGCUUUGAACAAAAGUUACAGUUUAUAUAUGAGAAACUGGGCAGAUCACAACGGUACAGAAAGCCUGUAUCAGCAGCAACUUCAAAUGGUGAUAACUUCAACUACGAGCGAAAUGUCUUACAAAAAAAAAAAGCGCGCCAAAACGUUGUAGAUUUGUGUGCUUGAAAGGGUUAUACAGUGACUGCUUGCAUGUUUUGAGGUUUUUGAUUUCACUAAUAAUCUAAAGAUCUGCGUUAUUUAGCUGUGUGAAUUCAGGGGCCAGAUGUAUUGCCACAGAAGCCUUGGGGAACAGCCCCACACCGCUGUCAUAUGCGUCACAGACUGAGCUAAUGAUGCUGUCACUACGGGGUUUGUUUGCUGACAAUCAACGGAGAUUGCCGACGGCUCUUAACAUUUUUACAUUUGGUUUAUGCACGUCAAAAAUAACUAACUCAAAUAACUAAACUUUUGAUAUAGAUCAGUAUAAAUAAUGACAUACUUGUUUAUCCUUUAACUGUUCAGUAUCCAUUCACAAAUGCUGUAGUCAGUCCUUGUCAUUUCCAACAUGUUGUUGAGCUCAUAUUAUGUUAGCAUUUGACUAAAUGAAAUGUAUUUUUAUUGAUUUUAGCAAGCUUGCUAGUUGGUACACAGUAACAUCAGCUAGCGGUUUUUGGUUACAACAUAAAUUCAGUAAAGCUAGAAACACUGGUGUGCAAAAUACGUGCCUAGAUAGACAUUUUGACUUUAAUUACUGUGUAAAACAAUCAUGUUGCGAUAACAGUGACGCUAGCACAAACCAGCAUAUAUUCGUUUUAUAAAAGCUUGAGGCAUUCUGGAUGGAUACAAAAUGGACUGAAUUCAGUCACAGACACCCAGCAAUCUAUUUGGUUAGCGAACAACAACUCUUGUGUCCAAGUAAUGAAAUUCUCAGCUAACACUGCUGUCUAUUUCUCCAAAUACGAAAAUACAAAUUCAUUGGUUGAAUCACAGUAGAAAGAGCUGGGAUUGAACUUUGAAAAUGACCAAAAGUGUGGAGAUGCACAUUUUUCGCGACUCUGACUAUUUGUUUCGUUUCUACACCAGUAAGACCUCAAUGAAAAAUGAAACCCAUCAUUUUUGGCCCCUCAGCACCACUUAAGCUCCCACCCCUGGACACUUUCAGCAGGGUAGUGCUUUAAAUGCUGUAGUUACCAACACGGCCACACCCUUAGACCUGGACAUCACCUUAAAUCAACAACAACUCUCAGAACCUUCAAUGUUCUGAGUAUUAAAAAAAAAAAAAAAACGGUUUGCGCGAAUUACACGUAAAUAGGAUCUCAAACUGUCGGCUGAUGCUUAUCAUUUUAUAUGAAAUGUCUAUAGAUUUUGGUGGUUUUAUUAGGAUUAUAUUUUUAUACGUGUAUUUUACUCUUAUGGGAUAUUAUGUGUAACAUACUAUAAUGUUUUAUUACAACUCUGAGCCUUUUUUGUAACAGCAGUUUCAGCGGACCAUCUUGUAUCUGGUUCGUAUGUACAAAUGUAAUUAUGUAUCUAGACAAGUAUGUAUUCCGUAAGUCAUGUAUAUCUACAAAUAAAUUUGAUUUAAAAAUGA